UCGCAGAGUAUAUUUGGUGCACAAGCACCGGUUGCCAAUAUAAUUAUAAUUACUUUUGCUCGUAUAAAACAAGCAAAUCGACGGCAAUCAAACACCCAAACGGGCUAAUAAUAACCGCCAGAGAGUGGCGCACAUCCGCCAAUUGAUCAAAACAAGAACGAGUGAGGAGAGCAGAAAAUACGGCGGAAAAGCGAGAAAAACACGGCGGGAAAAUGGACCUGCUCGACACGAUACUCAAUGCCAUGGAUGCACCGCCUGCCAACAACGAGCAGCAAAAGACGCUAAUCAAGAAACAGCGCGAAAUGAUGGAACGGAUGCAGAACAAACAGAAGGAGGAGCUCCUCCGAUUCCGGAAGUAUGUGGACGAACGGAUGGGCCGAUUCGCCAAGGACGACAGACAGUGCAUCGAGUUCCAGCCGCUGGACAAGGUGCAUCGCUCGGUGAUACACGAGAUAGCCGAAAACGGAGGUUUCAUUGCCAUGAGCUUUGGUCGCGAGGAUGUGGAUCGGCAUUCGGUGGUAUACAAAAAGGAGCAUGCUCCUGGGGAGGAUGAGGUCACAGCCAGACGAAAUGGUGACGGCUGGAAUCCAGAGAUAGCCAAGGAGUACGCAGAGCGACGGCGGGAGCGACUGGCGCAGGAGCAGAGCGACAAGGAAGCCUCCACUUCCGAGGCGGCGGCGAACUGCACAUCCUCAUCCACUGCCGGAGAUCCGGACUCCGGUGAAGUCAAGCCCACAACUAACUAUAAGGCCAAGUAUGCCCACCUCAUCGGAGAGUCAGCCGCAUUGCAGGCGGCUCGCAAGACGGAGACCAACCAAAGCUACGGAUUUGUGCCCAGUAAGAACAAGAAGGACAUGCGCUCCAUCGAACAGACGCUGGCCGACAUCCAGGCCAAGAAGCGUCUGCGACUGGCGCAGCAACAGGAACUGGAGCAGGAGCAGCAGGCGCCGGAGGCAACAUCCACAUCCACAGGGGACCCAUGAUAAGCCGUCUGGUGGGACACACUUAGUAUACAGAUAGCUCACUUAACGCAAGACUGUCUUAACCCAAAAAAUAUGAUUAUACUCUGUAAGGGCUACUUAAAUUUAUAACCAUAAAAAGAGAAUCAGCCAUUCUUGUCUUGUUCCCAAUUCCUAUUCGAUUAUAUUGAAAGCAACAGGAAACGAUCAAAUUUUAUUUUAACAAACUAAAUUGCUGCCAAAAUGUGUAUUAAAUUUUAGAACUUAUAAGAUCUGUGUUCCCACACUUCCAUUAAUCUUAUGUACAAAAAUGGGAAAAAGACAUGACUAUCAUCUCUCAUUUAGGGUAUCAUUAUCCCCCCAAAAAUGACAUAUUUUUCGAGUUAGGACAGCCUUGUAUCGAGUGAGAUUAGUUUUGUUGAUUCAGAUUAGUCACAUGCAAGGUCAUUGACUGCCAUGUAAAUCAUAAGUAAAUAAGCAAUUUAAUUUGUUGGCCAAUUAGGAUGCGAGAAUUAGAAGUGUUUAGAACAAGUUAGGUAUCCGCAACGGCGUCCGAACCGCAAUAUCUAUUUAUAUAAUAAAAAUAUAGAAAAAACCGACAGAUUCAAAUUAAUCUUGAAAACGGGGCGCCACUCGGAAGGCACCAAAAAAUCCCGAAUAUUUCGAAUUUGGUAUUUUAUUUUUAGUGAUUUUACAACACUCAAGAGCAGUCACAGUUUUAAGCAUAUGGCGGAAAUCACACCACGUGUUGCGGAGCAAUGGAAAAGAAAAUUAAAAUAAGCAUGUUUUCAAAAAUGCAAACCUUGGAAAAAUUUACCAAUUCCAUUGGGAAUUUUAUCCUAAACAGCUGAAAGUUUAAAAAUCACUGAAAGAUGUACGGAUUUGGAAACAUAACAUAAUCUUUUGGGCAUCGUGGCAACUUCGACCCAAAGAGUCUCAUUUAGAGACUUCUCAGUACGACUUGGGGAUCGCUUAUACUAUGAAAUUGGCGUUUCCUGUCCCAAGGAGCUUCAAAUAAGAUGUUUUUUAUAACAGAUUUCAACGAGGAUAUCUUUUGGGACAAGCAGAAAACGGUCCUUUUCCUAAAUAGAAACUGGACAUAUCUAAUAGAAUAACUACAAAAGGAGGAUUUUCAAACAUUAGAAACUGGACAUAUCUAAUAGAAUAACUACAAAAGGAGGAUUUUCAAACAUUGUUUAUUCUUUCAAAUUAGACCCUGACUACUGUUUUGGACUAUCCAUUUGCCUUGGUUGUACGAUGACGAAAAAAGGAUCUUCUGACGAUUUUAUUUCUUAAAAUCAAAAUUUAAUUUAACUACCGGUAAUAAAUAAACUUAAUUUACUCUAAAAAAGAUUUUUUUAAUGCAAAUAGAUUUUCUUAAAAUACAAUUUAUGCAAUAAAUUAUGUGAUAUGAAUCAAAUUGAUUCGAACUAAUAAA